AAGUUGAAAAAACUAGGUUACGCAGUCAGUGUGUGUUCCAAGUGAUAAAAAUAAAUAAUCAGCCCUUAAGAAAAAUAUAAAAUACCGCGUUAAUACCUCUUUCAGAUAUUGGGAAGGUUUCAAGUAUUUUUCUGUGACCCGUCCGGUUGUUUGUGCGAGUUUGGUUCCGCACUAUAAUAAAAUCACUUUGAAAUUUAACCAAAAAAACCGUUACGAUUUAAAGUGUAACUGAAUUUCGAGAAAGGGUUGAUUUGACUUAAGUCAAAAUCAAGUAAUCAAGUGUCGUUUGUGAUAAUGUCAAAAUAAGUGGUGCAGCGAAUUUUGUGACAGAUUCAGAGCUUAAAUAAUUCAACUGCCAAAUCUAUUGCCUAAAAAUAAAACCCAGAUCGGUACAAUUUUAAUUUUGUGCGUUUGCCAAACACCGGUGACGUAAUUAUUUUUAAGUUUAAGGAAUUGAAUUGAAAUCCCUGACGGCAAACCGCGAAAUUUCAAUUCAAAAUGGAACAACACCUUGUAUGUUAUGCGAAUGAGACGAUUCGAAGUGGAUUAAAUUUACGUUAUGAAAAUGACUCCGCAAACUGGCGUAUCAUAACUCUAUGUGUGGCAAUGCUUAAUCAUAUCUUGUUACCAGUUCUGUUUUUCAUCAGUUAUAAAGUUACGAAUUUAUUCAAAGACGACGGAGAUGAUGCUUCAAGCAUGGAUCAAAGCGAAAUCGAACAAAUAUUACUACUAGUGCCACUUAUUCGACGAUACAUUUCAUAUUCUUGCCCUCCAUUUUAUAGCACACCAUCGAAAAAUGUAGAAGACAUGAAUGAAGAUGACUUAAACCAGAUUGUCGCAAGUGAAAAUAACUGCAGUUCGUCCCAAGAAGACCCCACAAGUUACAAUAUCGGGGGCUAUAUGCCCAUUUCCGAAGGAGAUAUCCUAGACAACAAAUACGAAGUUUGUCGAAAAUUGGGCUACGGGCAGUUUUCAACAGUUUGGCUUUGUCAAAAUAAAAUAAAUAACGACUUUGUGGCUAUUAAAAUGUCGAAAUCCCAGUCAAAGUUAAGAGCGUUAGCCCAAGAUGAAAUAAAAUUGUUAGAUUGUACGAAUUUGGCAAAUCCUGGUCAUAACGGUUUUAAGAAUAUAGUACAAAUGUUUGACUUUUUUUCUUGUCAAAGUAUUAAUGGCAAUCACACUGCCAUUGUCUUAGAAGUGAUGGGACCAUCAUUACUACAUUUAAUAAAACAAAGCGAAUAUAGAGGCAUACAACUUCCUGGAGUUCGAAGAAUAAUAAAACAAGUUCUUCAAGGUCUACAAUAUUUACACGAAGAAUGCGGCAUAAUCCAUACUGACUUAAAACCGGAAAAUAUCUUAAUUAAAGCCAAAGAACCGUAUAUUCGUCAAAUGGUAAAUACUGCGAAAAGAUUCAGUGAAUUAGGAAUAGUUCCUCCGAAAACAUACGUUACCUCAAAUCGUUGGCCUGAUGUCCAGCCUUAUUGUAAAGACCUCGAGGAAUAUGAAAGAGUCCAACUUUUGCGUACACGGUCUUAUCCCCAAGAUCCGUUUCUAUCAGAAAUUGUUAGUUUCCGAAGGAAACAUGCUGAGCCUAAACUGAAGGGACCAAUGUGGAUCGACGCAAAUAUUGAAGUCAAGAUUGGCGAUAUGGGAAAUGCAACCUGGGUUAAUAAUAAGUAUAAUUCGACCAUUCAAACUCGGCAAUACCGCGCAUUAGAAGUGAUCUUGGAUGCGGGUUACGACUGUCCCGCCGAUGUUUGGUCGGUUGGUUGUCUCGCGUUCGAAUUGGCGACAGGAGAAUUCUUGUUCUAUCCUAAAAUGUAUAAUAACUUCUCUUUGGAUGUGGACCACAUUACUUUAAUAUGGGAAGUCCUCGGCGGCAUUCCCACAUAUAUAACCAAGAGGGGUACCAAAUCCGAUACGUUUUUUUCUAACGGUAAAUUGAGACACAUUGAAGAAAGUCAGCUGAAGAUUUGGAAAAUUGAAGAUGUUCUUGUUGAUAAGUACAAAUGGAAACGUCUCGAUGCGAUACCGUUUGCCAGCUUUAUUGAAUAUUUAAUCGAACCUGAUCCAAGUUUGAGAUAUACUGCUUCAGCAGCACUCAGCUGCGAAUGGAUUAAUGAACAAUGAUUUAUUCCAAUCAUGUAUCUUUACUGUUAGAAGACUGAUCAUUUUCGUUCGAAUUUUGUUGUAUUCUGUCAUUUGUAAUAAAAGUUCAAAAAUACUGCCUU